AUGACCGAAACAAAUACAGGCAAUACAGGAGUCCUUGUUUGCAAUCCUGACUAUCCACCACCCGGUGCACUACCUUUAAAAUCCAAAGAAGUCUUUUCAUUACGUCUUAAAGCACUUAGAUCAUGGGAAAAACCAUCUGAAAUAUUACCUCUUCUCUUUGGAAGAGAAGCAGCAACAUUUGUUACUCUACUUUCCAGUACAAUUAUAAACAGUCGUUCAAGAUUAUUUUUCAAUAUACACAGUAGAACUGGAUAUAUUUUCUCACUAGUCCCAACUGUGAUUACUCCAACUGCUCUUAGCCAUUGUAUCUUUGGUGAACUAGUUCUAAAGAAGAUUCUUAUUGAAUCCACUAAUCCUGACUUUACUCCUGACUGCAGCUUUUGCUUACAAACACGUGGGGCUCUAUUAAUGAAUACAUUUGGAUUUCUAUUGCCUCUUGGCUUUAGCUUUUUCUCAUCUGCAGUUACUGCCAUGUUUAUACGCAGUUAUCCAGUCCCUGAUCUAUUUGACGGUAAAAAUAUGAAAAGAAUGUGUAAACUGUACUUGAAAUCUUUUCGACGUGUUACACCAGCAAUGCUAUUGGGUCAUACACUGGUUGGAUCAAUUCUAGUCAAAAUGAUGAUACACGAUAAUCAAUAUAUACUUGGCCAACAAAAACUGAAUCCCAGUGUUAUAACAGCUAAUCUGUUGGAUAACAAAUAA